AUGUGGGAAGCUUACCUCUUCGUUUUAGUCGGUGCCUUGGUUCUACCAACGGCUGGAAAUACUUCAUCACUCAUCACAAGAGCGCCUUUCCCCUUCAAUAACUCCACAGUUCACUCCAACUCUUCUACAUAUAACACCACUUCUGCGUUUGGUUCUGGUAUAGUUUCCAAUAUUCCAUCCAAUACGGCCCCUCUGGUUGCAAAUGACACCAUCAUAGCAAUAUCGACACUCGCCUUGUCUUCUUCGACUAGUCAUCCGCCCUAUGCAAACACCUCUUUCCCAAUUAUGGAUUCCACAACAUCCCCCUCCACAAUGGAACACCCAACAACUAGCAAGUCUGUUACCUCGCCUACGACGACCAGCUUAAUACAACUUUCUUUGGCAACAGGAAAGACCGAUGAGCCUCUGGCAGGGACGCCUACCACUGGGAUGUCAAGUCUCGCAACUUCGGACCAGGGAUCUACGCCAUCGACUCCAAGGUCUUCGCGUUCCGGAACACCAACAACGAGUUUCAUUGAUCCGCUUCCUCCCCUAUCCUAUUUCACAAUACCGCCACUGUCAUUUCAGAAUACAACUACUAGGCCGCCAUGGCUAAGCCAGCCCUCACUUUUAUCAAAUACUGGAACAACUCCACCAUUAGCUACGACCACAGCCGCAACAACUACUACGCCUGAUAAUGAAGAUGGGCUGCGUAUAAGUGCUCCUGAUUUUGAAGAAUUGGGCCUCUGGACUCCAACCCUGACGUCUGGAACCGUCACAGCAGCCGCUGUUACUUUCUCAUUCGAGCUUUUCUCCCACAAACAUCAGAAGACAUCGACGCACACAAAAGAUAAUACUGCGGCGCCGACGGCGGAUGCCUUGACAUUAUUCAAAGCCUUAAUACCUCAUAUGACGACCUCUGCCGAUAUAUUUGGUCACGCUGAGGAUGCCAUAAGCAGGCUUAACGAUGCUGUAUCCGAUGGCAGCUCAACUGAUUCCGGCAUAGCUACAGCAGGGUCUAGUAUGUUGAACCUUCUUGGGAAUGCCUUCUCUACUGGAGCUAGAGUUGGAAAGGCACUAGCAGACAUCGAACUCGAGGAGCUAGAUUCUGAAGGAAAUACCAUCAACCAGGGAAACCUCAUUAAUGUCGUUGACCAGAUACAAACAGAGCUGUACGAUUUGGGCCAGAUGAUCGGUAAAGUCGAGCCACUCAUAAAAGCGCAGCUGAACAAGAAAAAUGCCAAGUUUGUGCUCAAAGUGUUCUUUGGAGUCACGGCGGCGCGUGUCCUAAAGACCAACCUCCAGAAACUCGCCAAUUGGUCGUUCGACUCUCCCAAGGCACAUGAGAUACCAACUCCGACUACCAAGCCUACUGCGACAUCAGCAACAUCUUCAUCAUCAAGUUCGUCGUCUUCUGCCACAGAGACUCCCAAAGAGUACUGUAUUGUUACUCGACGAGGAACGACAAUCCCCCAAUAUGAAGCAUUCAUUAAAUCUCUGCCCGAUGCUGCCGAAGGCAGAAGAAUUGUAUACCCAAAUCUAGACUCUCAAGUUUAUACUACCGUUCUGAAUAGUUCCGAGGUCAAAAUCGUCCGAAAAAAUCCAAUUGUUUUUGGCGCUGCUAUCAACACAUCAGGGGCAGAAGAGGCUGACGAUGGUUAUGGUGUAAUCCCACGCCCCAAGCCAUCCGCAAUUCAAGAGAGGGGAACUGAAACGAACAGGGUGCGAGUACCGGAGAGCCCUGAUCAUCUCCGCCUAAUAUCACAAGGGCCCAAAAACGCACACGAUCGAGAAAGCAGAACGAUCCCAUUUGAACCCCUUCCCGAUUAUGUCCUAUCACCAAAGGCUGGGGAGGGCAUGACAAUUUAUGUGAUAGACUCUGGCAUAGACCCUGGACAUCCUGAACAUGCACGCUCAUAUGACCCGAACCACUUUUACUGUGUGCCAAACUCCCUUAUGAAACUGCCAGAGAGGGAUGCUAAAAUGGUCCCGUACAUUGCUGUUCCCGAUACUAUUAUGAAAGAUACUAGGGACCAUGGCCAAUGUGUCGCUUCUCUUGCAACAGGGAUUAUAAACGGUGUGGCCAAGAAAUCCCGCCUAGUUCCAGUCAGGCAUAGGAACACGAAGUAUCAAAUUACAGAAGAGGCCGUUCAGAAAUCUUGGAGAUAUGUUAUAAACGAGGUAGUUGCUACGAAUAAUGGAUUGAACGGACCCCCGCCACCACCUGGUUGGGCUGUUAUAAAUUACUCCAUAGGGUUUGGACGCCACAACGGAGUUUAUGGUUAUCCUAGUGGCGACUGGGCCGAGCGGAAGGACCACAUGCGAAUACUACUGGAAGAGUGCUGGGAGAAUGACAUUGUGACUGUUGUGGCAGCCGGUAAUGAGGGGAAUUCAGACGACUAUGACCUAUCACAGGACAUUCCUGCGUGCCUUGGGACAACCGCAAAUGCUCUAAUCACUGUCGGUGCCUCAGAUAUUAAUGGCCAGCAAUGGCAUCAGACAACCAGAGAUGCCGGUCUGGGCGGAUCUAUCUCAAUAUGGGCCCAAGGUGAUGACAUACAAUGCGCAGCCCUGGGAGACCAAGGGUUUCAACGCAAUAAGGGUACCUCGUUUGCUGCCCCCCAAAUUGCGGGACUUGCGGCAUACUUCAUGUCUCUAUCUCAGCAAGAGCUUCCGUGGACGCCUCAGAAGGAACAUCAGCCCCCCUAUCUUGAUGCGCCGAAUUUGCACACCAAAGGGAAAGUAUCGAAAGCAGUCAAGGAUUACCUUGUGGCCUUAAGCUAUCCUCGCAUACCCGGCGGUGUCAAUGUAGGAUAUAACGGCGCGGAAUACAAUACGUGUGAUGUUGUCCCUGGGACUUCGGUCGUCAAGCGGCAGCAGGGUGAAGAUUCUCUUCUCAAUCUUGACGAAUUUGGGUUCGAGCCAAUUCUCAACCGGCGGGACUCGUCGGCGUCGGUUUGUAGCCUGUCCUCAAGGUCCUCAGCCACCUCCUCGAGCUCCUGGACCACCUCCUGGGCCACCUCCUCGACUGCCUCCAGCUCCUCAUCCAGCAUCUCCAUAACCACAAUAGCCACCGCGACAACUUCAUUACCUCCAUGGAAAACUUCGGAUAGCCUUCGUGAAUGUCUCCUUGACCCCGAUUUUUCUAAAGUUAAUUCAUGCCUGCACUCCCUAGCGUCUGCAUACCCAGACUCUUCAUCGACAUCUUUUCCCAUUCCAUCACCAAGUCCAACCUCUCCAGGGGGACCCGACCCUCGGUGCAACGGACUAAUCAAAUGUAGCCACGACCCAGACCCGCCAUCUCCACCACCGACGUCUGCAUCUCCUCCUACGUCUGCUCUACCUCCAGAUAUUCCUCCUUCACCUACACCUGCUCCUCCUUCGCCUACACCUGAUCCUCCUUCACCUACACCUGCUCCUCCUACUCCUCCUGAUCCUCCUGCACCUCCGGCUCCCCCCGCUAAGCCUUCAACCUCGCCUACUCCUGAACCAGUUUGUUUAGGUUUUAAUAUUUUCCCAGGCUGCGGUUGA